GGAAAAAAAGGGAAUACUUUUCUAGAAACUCCACUUCCGAGUUCUGUGAUUUUCCCAAAAUUCCCUCUUUUCUUCUUCUCAAUAGUGAAAGUUCCCAUCUUUCGAAUCCGAAUCCAUUCGAGAGGGCCUUGCGGACUGGUCAAGGUCUUAGAGCUUUGCGUUGGAGUGUUUCUUUAGAUUCAAGUGACCCUUGGAAUUUGUUCCUGAGAUGAUAUCAAAGUGUUGAUGUGAUUUUGAGUCCAAAUAUUAUGAAUUCGGGUUCGACUCAGUUUGCUACAUCUGGAAAAAUGGGUAUAUAUGAACCAUGCUAUCAUAUGAACAUGCGGAGCGAUUCCUUUAAAGCUGAAAGCAGCCAAAACACAAGCACAUCGACAGUUGUUGAAUCGAAUGUAAAAUUUAACAACAAGUUGGAAGACAUUCAUCAUGAGACAUUUGAAGAUGCAAAGACAUAUGAACAAAAGAAACAUACUGAUAAGGUACUUAGACGUCUUGCACAGAAUCGAGAGGCUGCCCGGAAAAGCCGAUUGCGGAAAAAGGCGUAUGUUCAGCAACUAGAAUCAAGUCGCAUUAGAUUGGUACAGCUAGAACAAGAGCUUGAUCAGGCUAGACAGCAGACUAUGUAUCUGGGUGGUCAUUUACGAGAACCAGCUCCUCAGUUAUCAGGGAGUGUUAGCCCAGAGGUUCUUGCUUUUCAAAUGGAGUAUGGGAAUUGGGUCGAAGAACAGAGUAGGCAAAUGAAUGAAUUAGGACUUGCUUUCCAAACAAAUGCUCCUGAUGUAGAGCUCAAGAUACUUGUAGAAAGUGGAAUGCGGCAUUACGAUGAUCUCUUCCGCAUAAAAGCAAUAGCCACCAAAGCUGAUGUGUUCUACAUUAUGUCCGGGAUGUGGAGAACAGCUACAGAACGAUUUUUUCUGUGGAUCGGAGGAUUUCGACCAUCUGAGCUUCUGAAGGUCUUAGUGGCGCAGCUCAAUCCCCUGACUGAACCUCAGCUAGCGGCCGUUUGCAGUCUACAACAAUCAUCUCAGCAAGCCGAAGAUGCUCUUUCCCAAGGAUUGAAUAAGCUUCAACAAACUCUUUCCGAGGCUAUUACUCCCGAUCCUAUCGGCACCUCAGAUAUGUCAUACAUGAUGGCAAUGACAAAUGCAAUGGAGAGAUUGGAUGCACUUGCGAGUUUUGUAAUACAGGCAGACAACCUUCAACAACAAACGCUGAGGCAAAUGCAUAAUAUUUUAACGCCGCGACAAGCAGCACGAGGAUUGCUCGCUCUAGGUGAGCAUUUCCAUCGACUUCGGACACUGAGUUCCUUAUGGGCUAAUUGUCCCCGCGAACCAACAUGAUGAUCUUCAUGGCUGAUGAAUGAAGUGAGAAAUGUUGCAGAAAAUGCAGAAGUAUGUUAGCUGCUGAAAUUCUUAGAAUGCUUUCCAGUGAUUAUAGAUUGAAAAGCAUGUGAAUAUUUGUCAGCUAUUUGUAGUGGUGCAUGAUGUAUAUUUUGUUAUGUUAAAUCUAUUGAUUUUUUUUUUUCUCUCU